AUGAAAUCCGCAAAAAAUCGUUCUCGAAUAGUUUUGGGUAUUCUCACAGAUCAACAAUUGAUGAAUACUCUUGUCAUUGCUUCUCGACAAACAUGGAUACCUUCUUUUCCGUAUGAUCUCUUUUACUUUGUUGGUCGACGUCAUGAACAUUCUCUUCAAUUUUCACGAAAAUUAAAUGUUGUCGAGUUACCUACAGAUGACACUGAAUAUCCACCAGUGAACAAAACAUUUCUUAUGUGGACCUAUUUUUAUAUGCAACAUUUAUCUCGUUAUGACUACUUUAUGGCUAUUGAUGCGGACACUUAUGUAAAUGUUGAAAAUUUGCAAAUAAUGCUGAACGAGAUCAAAUGUCAAGAUUGCUAUGUUGGUUAUCCAGCUAAAGGAGAGCCAUACGAGCAAAAACAGCUAGGACUGCGUGCUCCAUACUGUCUUGGUAUGGGCUAUGUGAUUGCUCGCAAUACACUUGGUCAAUUCGCUCCACACAUCGAAAUUUGUCGUCGAUCAACUGUAGCAAACCAUUCUGAUACUGAAUUAGGACGAUGUAUUUAUCGAUUCGCAUCAGGUCUAUCAUGUACAAAGACCCCAAUUUCGCUAGAAAGAGUUAUGUACACAACGAAUAAUCAAGGAGCCAUCAUUCGAUUUACACACGAUUCAAGAGGACGACUUCUAAUAGAAUUUCCAAAAGCACCACCAACUCGAUUCUUCAAAGCUGCUCUUGUUCAUCCGUUAAAAACAUCUCAUGCGUUUUAUCAAUUUCAUCGUCAAGUCAAACUGCAAUUACGACCCAUACUGCCACCAGCUUUCUUGAACGGUAGCUGCGUAGCUAAUCCAGUCAUUCAAAAUGAAAUCUAUCCUCAAAAUCGACCUGUACUUGAAUGUCGAUUGCGAAUACCAAAGCAAUCUGUUUAUAAUCUAAGUUCUCUAAGUGCUUUUGUAAUUACUUUGCGAGGUUAUGAGCAGCGUGUGCAGCGAACAAUCAAUAAAUUUGAAAAACACGACAUUCAUCUACAACCUUUCUAUGGUGUAUCAAAUGUUAGUAUUCCGAAUACGACAAAUAUAACCAAAGGUGAAUGGAACCUUCGGUUGACAAUGAUUCGUUUGAUAGAAACGGCAAUCAAAGCUAACCUGCAGCAAGUUCUUAUAGUUGAGGAUGAUGCUAUUCCACAUCGUCGCUUCAGUCAUCUUUUCAAGGCAUUGAUCCAUGACCAUCGAUGCAGAGAAUGUGUGUCUGGUGGUAUCUUGAUGCUUGGAUCAACGACAUGGUCUGCUGGUUGGAAAACUCUCGAUCGAUACAACACUGUCGAAACGGGAAUGUGCCGCAAUAUAGGCACAGAGACCUACGGAUCGUUUGCCAUUCUAUUCCAUCAUGCAACAUUCCAACCAAUUCUUGCUUGGUUGAAGGCAAAGAUCAUACCACAACCUUACGAUUUUGUAUUUGCUCAUCUUGUUCGUCUCGGUUAUCCUGUAAGACUUGCUUUGCCAAAUCUUGUUAUCAGUGAUAUUAGACAUGAAUCACUUAUUCGACCUCGUCCUAACAACACUUCUUUCCAUAAUCUAACACUUCGGGCAAAAAUUCAUCGUUGGGAAAUAGAAAAUUACAUGAUUUCAUCUUUAGAUAAAAUAUAUUGA